AUGGUUGAUUUUACGUUCGCCCAUGAGAUAGGAGGAAUGGCCGAAAAAAGCUACGCUAUUUCUAAAGGCGAACAAAACGCCAUUGAAGGAAAAAGUCGCAUACAAUGUCUUCCCAUUCGCUCUCUCCUGGCCACCAUCGGCCGGAAUCACGUAGACUACUUUACCUUGGACGUAGAGGGUGCCGAAAUAGAAAUUCUCAAAUCGUUUCCAUGGCAACACGUCACCGUGGACGUGUGGACGAUAGAGUACGCAGUUCACGGCGGAGGUCCUGAUACGCCAAAACGUGAGAAAGCAAUUAGGGAGAUCUUCAAAAAUACAGGACUCUAUAGGGAAGGGACUAUACUAGGGAGCCAAGAUAUAGUGUUUGUCAGAAAGGACGUACCACAAUGA